AUGAGUCGAGUUGCCUCCCGUCAGCUGUUCGUGGUCAGCAGACUCGAGCUUCCACUACUAUGGAUAUCUUAUUUCACUGUGCCAUAGUUGUGUUUUCACUCAUUAUUUCCUCCACAUCUGCUGGGGAGUGGAGGACGCACGAAUAUGUGGUGAGGGAGCACUCCUUGGUGAAGCCCUAUCAAGGUAUGGGCACUACCAUACCAUACUGGGACUUUCUUGGGUCCACGAUGGUGACCAAUAAUUACAUCAGACUAACAGGAGACAUUCAGAGCCAACGCGGGGCGGUGUGGAACACGGUAGGAUGUUACUUGCGAAAUUGGGAAAUGCAGAUACAUUUCAAAGUCCAUGGACGAGGGAAGGAUCUAUUUGGUGAUGGAUUUGCCUUUUGGUAUGUGAAGGAUCCCAUGCAAGAAGGAGAUGUGUUUGGCAGCAAGGAUUACUUCAGUGGCCUGGCAGUCAUAAUGGACACCUACAGCAAUCACAAUGGACCUCAUAAUCAUGGCCACCCAUACAUCUCUGCAAUGAUUAACAAUGGCAGCCUUCACUAUGACCAUGACCGGGAUGGCACCCACACCCAGCUCAGUGCUGGCUGUGUGUCUAAGUUCAGGAACCUUGACCAUGAUACAUUUGUUUCAAUUAAGUACGUCCAUGACACACUGACAGUGUCCACGGACAUUGACAACAAGCAGCAGUUCAAGCAGUGCUUCUCUGUCUCUGGGGUGAAGCUUCCUGUUGGUUACUUCCUGGGUGUGUCAGCAGCCACAGGUGACCUGAGUGAUACCCAUGACAUCAUCUCCCUCAAGAUGUUUGAUCUCUCCACACCUGAUGAUGACAUAUUGGAGGAACGUGCCAAUAUAAUGCCCUCAGCUUCAUUUUUUGAAGCUCCUAGAGACCACGUGGAAGAUCCCAAACCUUCCUCUCUGAGUACUGGCAAGCAGGUGGUGCUGCUGAUAGUGGGUGUAGUCCUCAUCUGUGCCUGUGUUUUCAUAGGAGGACUCAUCUACUCCAAACAACAGGAGCAACAACGCAAGAGAUUUUACUAAGAUGUGGCUUGUAAAUUAUGUAUGUGUGUGUGUGUGUUUGUGUUUGUGUUUGUGUAUGUGCUCACUUGUGUGCACAUAGUUUUAGUUUUUUUUAUUUGAUUGCAGGUUCAUGCAUUCACUUUUUAGCUCAAAUAAUCCUUAAUUUCAGUUUCAUCUCAUGAAAUUAAAAAUACUUUAAAGGGAAAUAUUCUUUGAAAUUACUAUUUGCAAGUGUGUAUAUUUUGGAAUGAGGGCUAGAUUGGUAGGAAGCUGUGUACUGUACAUCGGUGUAUAUUAGUGAGCACUUGUAAUGUAACUGGACUUUUUUUUUGACAUAUGAGGAAUGUGUUGAACAUCUAAGAGUUGUAUGUACUUACAAAAAAAAAUACAGUUUUGAAAGGAAAGCAUGUAGGGCAUUAGACUCAUGAGAUACAAAUCUAUCAGGAUUGGUCCUUUGUUGUCCAUCAACUCAGUAGUGUCUAAGUUUGGUUGGUACACUGUAGACAAAGACAUUAGCCAGAUAGACCAUCUUGAGAUAAUAAAGGGAAGUGGGACCUGCCUAACUCUCAUAAACCUGGACUAUCUCACUAUGGGUGCUGUGAAUAUACUAAAUAACACUUCUGAUUCUUUGAUUCUCCAGUAAUUAUAGGCUUGGCCCUUGGUUUGAGAUUGAGUUGCUUAACUUUACUACCUGUUAAACUAAGAAUGUUGAUUUAGUUUUGCCCUAUUAGACAUGAGGCACCACUUGUUACUGGGAAGACUGCCAUACAACUCUAUCAGUUGGAUUUCCUGAAGGUAGUUAUCUGUUACCUGUGGUUUUCUGUCACUCAGAUAGUGUUUAGCUCAGGAAACAUGUUUUUAAGGGAAUGGGUCAACUUAGUAAAAAUAUAAUAAUAGUAAUAACUUUAAUGUUGUGGAAUGUUUCUUCUCCACUUCCAUGAUUGAAUGUAAUGGCCAUCUUUGCUUCUACUUGUGUAGAAGAAUGGCUUGAAUUUGUUUUAGUUUUCUUUUUCACUUAUGAGAGGUGUCCUUAAACUUAUUGAAAUUAGAGAGGUAAUGAAAAUUAUUUUGGAGUGAAAAAAAAAAUAGACAAAAGUAAACAGGAAGUAGGAAUCCAGAUGAAAGCAUUAAGUUCUUUUAAGUGGAUCUCUCUCUCUCUCUCUCUCUCUCUCUCUCUCUCUCUCUCUCUCUCUCUCUCUCUCUCUCUCUCUCUCUCUCUCUCUCUCUCUCUCUCAGGGAUGUUCAUCAUAUUGAGGUUUGGAAUGUCUGAGUAAUUGAUUGAUUAAUUACAUGAAAGCCCUUUAGUUGUUACUUUAGUAUAUAUAUUUUUUCCUGCAAUAAUAUUUUCUUUUACAUUUUGGCAUUCAGUGUGCAUGCCAUACUCCACCUUUUGACUAAGACUUUCAGCCAAUAAAUCACACUUUUAAACAGAGCACAUUUGUUUCUGUCAGUGCUCCAUUUUUACCAAUGCUUGUACAUGUCUGGUAUGCUUGUGUUAUGUAACACAUCUCAUUUAAUAUUUAAUCAUAAGAAUAAUGCAUGUAGAAGGAAUGUGCUUGUCAUAGCAUAAUUCUUUUGUAAGUUGCAUCAUGCCAUAAACAGACAACAUAACAAAGGUAAGUGCACACUGGCACAACAGCCCUCUAAGUGAGUUUAUAAUCCCAUGUUCUGACAUCUCAUGGGUAUAACUGAUAUUUUGGAAUGUUGAAAACUCCAUGAUAAUCCCCGGACAAAUCAUUAGAAUCUGGUCUUCACUGUGAACUUGCAAUAUGAACAUGGUAUGGCCCAUAUCAAAGAUAUGUUGUUGAGUAAAUUUGUAAACUUCUCCAGUAGACUGCACCUCUCAUUAAUUUAAGGAAUGUCAGAUCCAGAAGCUCCGUCCUGUCACCUCCCUUCUUGGCAGGGCAGGUGACUGGUACACUUCGGCAUAUUUGCAUAAUUGCAUCAGUAUGGCUGUUGGUGCACCACAUCUUCAGAAGCAGAAAUUUGGAUAGAAUGUCAGUUGCACACAUUCUCAAGUCUUCUCAGUUAUAUCUUAAUGUGAACUUUUUGUGCACCCUUUGCAUGAUUAUAAAAUUCAUUUUUCCUCUAUAUUAGAUUGUUAUAGUCUUAUCAAGUUAUAAUGAUGCAAUAUGAUAUAACAAUGCCAGCCAUUUUCCCUACAAUUUUUAUUCAACAUAGCACAAUGCAGUUCUUUUCAGUCACAAGUUUUUAUGCCAGUCUUGAAGAGGCUGUCAUGUUAGUGUGUGCUCAUCUUGAAGUUAAACAUUUAUGAUGUAAAUUAUAACAGUUUUGUAUGUGCUGUACAUUUCUUAGAAUUAGACUCAGUCUUUCAUAAGAUCUGUAGCUGAAACGAUAGCAUAUUUUUUAUAAGAUGUAAAGUACCUGUAAAUUGAUAGAAGCAUUAGCAAUUGAUUAUCAUUAAUAUGCAUAUCAGAAUAACGUCACAGGACAAUUUUGAAGAUGUCUGUUCUUCAGAAAAUAUCUCUGUAAUGUCUGCAUGAAAGAGACUCCAUUGAUAACUAUUAAAAUUAAUACAUAACAGAAUGCUAAGGGAAUUACAUAAUACAUAAUCCUGUCCAUAAUUUGUUGUAAUGCAUAAUUUGAGAAGAAAUUACAGAAUUAAUUAUUUCUUUGAAUUUUAUAAUGUAAUAUAUGUAAUUAAAUAAGAUAUUGCAACAUUAAAGGUAUUUCACAUAA